ACUACGUGUGGUUGUUGAGAGAGCGAGGAGUUAGCGAUGACACGGGCUGGAGCACAGCCGCUACAGGCGCUUCAACUUUACGGAGGAAUAUUUGGACAUAAAUAUACAUAGUUCGUUGCCGUUUUAUGAAGCUGGGAAAGUGUGUUUUUGCAAGAUCCCCUCGGAGUAAAUGUUAGAUAUUUUUUCGUUCACAGUGGGCCUUCUGAACUACAAACAGAGAUUUCCAGUAGUUUGGUUAGACUGUCCAGGCUGCCCACUAGAGUUUGCUGGCUGGCUAGUUGAUUUGGCGCUAUCCCGUCCCAGUUGAUGUUAAGUAUGGCGCUUAAAGCGAGGGCUUUGUAUGACUUUAACUCUGAAAACCCCGGGGAGAUAUCAGUGAAGGAGAAUGAAAUUGUGACUCUGUACAGCGAACAGGACAUUGAAGGCUGGUUAGAGGGAUCGAACAGCAAAGGGGAGCGGGGAUUGUUCCCUGCGUCUUACGUUGAGGUUCUGAAGGACGACACAACUUCCACGUUGAACAACAACAGCACAUCUGGAGACGUUAGCCAGGGAUCCCGUUACGCCAAUGUUCCAACCGGAGGAUUUGACGCACCGUAUAAAACCAAGAAUCAAGUUGAGAACAUCACUAAAUCAUCCGCACCGGCGAGUAACACUUACGCUCCCUCGGGGCAACAGCAGCACAGCUAUCAGGCGAGUCAAGGGAGCGACGACGAUUGGGAUGAUGACUGGGACGAUAGCUCAACUGUAGCAGACGAGCCUGGCAUUGGUGGUGGACAUUACCAAGAUAUCGAUGGCAAUGGACCUUCUACGUACAGGGUGUCAACUGCUUCGAUGUUACGAGGCGGUAACGCUCAAAAUGCCAAAAGCUCCGCAACCGUCAGUAGAAAUCUGAACAGGUUUUCAACAUUUGUGAAGUCUGGGGGGGAGGCGUUCGUCCUCGGGGAGGCAGCGGGGUUUGUGAAGGACGGAGACAAGAUUUGUGUCGUGCUGGGUCAGUACGGCCCAGAGUGGCAGGAGAACCCUUACCCUUUCGGGUGCACAAUAGACGACCCAACCAAACAGACCAAAUUCAAAGGUAUGAAAAGUUACAUUGCCUACAAGCUGACGCCGAGCCACACGCAAACCCAGGUGAACAGAAGGUAUAAGCAUUUCGACUGGCUCUACGCCAGGUUGGUCGAGAAGUUCCCUGUCAUCUCAGUGCCACACAUCCCAGAGAAACAAGCCACUGGCCGCUUUGAGGAAGACUUCAUUUCCAAAAGGAGAAAGGGUCUAACGUGGUGGAUGAACCACAUGACCAGUCACCCAGUCUUGUCCAAGUGUGAUGUUUUCCAACACUUCCUAACCUGCAGUAGCACUGACGAGAAAGCCUGGAAGCAGGGGAAACGGAAGGCUGAGAAGGAUGAGAUGGUGGGGGCCAAUUUCUUCCUGACCAUCAGCCCUCCGGCGGCCCCUCUCGACUUGCAGGAAGUCGAGAGCAAAAUCGACGGCUUCAAGGCGUUCACGAAAAAGAUGGACGACAGCGUUUUGCAAGUCAACGCCACCAUCAACGAAUUCGCCCGAAAGCAGAUCACAGGAUUUAAGAAGGAAUACCAGAAAGUUGGGCAGUCGUUUAAAGUCCUCAGUCAAGCCUUCGAAAUGGACCAACAGCCGUAUUCUGUCGGUUUGAACCAGGCAAUCUCUUUCACCGGGGAGGCGUAUGAGUCCAUCGGAGAGUACUUUGCAGAGCAACCCAAACAUGACCUUGACCCUGUGAUGGAUCUGUUAGCACUGUACCAAGGACAUCUAGCAAACUACCCAGAUAUCAUCCAUGUUCAGAAAGGAGCGCUGACGAAGGUGAAGGAGAGCCAGAAGCACGUGGAGGAAGGCAAGAUGGACACCCCCCAGGCGGAGGGCGUCAGCGAGCGCUGCAACAUCAUCUCCUUCGCUACGCUGGCAGAGAUCCAGCACUUCCACCAGAUCCGCGUGCGCGACUACAAGGCUCAGAUGCAGCACCACCUUCAGCAGCAGAUUGGAUUCUUCCAGAAGAUCACAGGGAAGCUGGAGGAAGCCCUACAGAAGUACGACAACGCAUAGGAACGCCUCGAGCCUCCACGCAUCGAGCCUGGGUCUGGUGGACCUGCCCCUGCCGGUGACCGAACACCUUCCCCCCCCCCUCCUCCUCUCAGACCUGCUCCUGUCAGUCAACUAAGCCUUGGUGGACGUUCUCUAACACUGCCAGCCGCGCAACAGCCACCCAGAGUCCACCUGGAGCUUAGGACACACAGACUCCUCCUGGCUGCUGUCUUAGUUUGAUCAGAGGGUUUCUGUUUAUACAAGGUGUGUGACGACAGAAGAGGGGAAGUCCUUGUGCAAAAUAUUAACGGAUGUUCUUACUGGAAUAUUCAAGGUCAUUAUGCCUUCAGUUGAAAUCUGAUGUGAUAAAGGGCAGCCACCAGUGUAAACACUGCUUAGGUCAGUAGGCAUAGUCCAUGCAGUGGAAACAUGUACUAUAAUCGAGUCUUGACCAAGAGAGAACAAUGUUCACAGUGUACACCUGAUAGUUACCUUUGCUGCUUGAGGUAUGGUGUAGCCUCAUCAAGCUGUUUUUUAACACAAGUGACUUCCACGGAUGGGUUGUUGUAGCUAAUGUAAUGUUAGCGCUGUUUAGUGGUUUACACACUGCCUUGACGAAACCGACUAGACUAAUAUCUCCCAAUCCAAACAAGGCCAAUCCUAGCUGCAGGGAUGUUUACCGCAGCCGUCACCACUGUCCUGUGCCUUCUGAUUAUGUCUCUCUGGUCAUUUUUUGUUUUAUAACUUAUAUAUAUAUAUAUAUAUAUAUACAAAAAGGUUUCUAUAUAUAAAUGUAUAAAUAUAUUCACUCAUGUUUUUACGAAGCACGAUUUUGCAGUAUUCAACUGCAGCUUUUUGACCCGUGAGCUGAGAGAUGGUUUGCAUCGCUAGAUGGAGAGCCGUCGCCCUUUGCGAUGCUCCAACGGGACCUUUCUUCCUGGGUUAAGACAGAUGUUGGGGCUUUGAUACGCACAGAAGCAAGGAAAAAAUGCUCUCUAGUGUAGGAUUAGUACUAAGAUGUUCCGACUACAGGAUUCAGUGCGGAGGACAGGACUCGACUGACACGAUUUAAAGGACCGAAGCCUUGAGAAAGCACCGAAGUUACUGAAAUAGAUGUUGAAGUUUCCUGAAAUUACAAAUAGUUUUUAAGAAGAUAGGUUGAUUUGAGUUAGGUGGUUGCAAGCCCUGUGGUUGACAAAUUGUCACCGGCCUUGUGGCUAGACGGCUCGUCUUUGCCUGUUUUUCUAAUGCAGUCGAUGGUGCAGUUUGGGAUCCACCUGUACUACGAAUAAUUCUACUUUUGAAGUCCAGGAACAUAAUGAACCGUUAAGUGGAGAACCAAAAUACACUCCUCCAUGGAUUUCCGUCUUUCUGUGAUUUUUGUGUCACUAUCAUUCAAUAGAACGCUUUACGUUUGGUUCAGUUGCUUAUUGCACAAUAUAACAGGAGAAGUAGCCUAAUCAAUAAAUUGGUUACACACUU